AGUGACGUCAUCACACGGCGCAUGUCAAAGUUUGACAGUGUGAGCUCGUGAUGUUUACAGUUUUCUGAGAGAAAUGAAGUGAUGAAUAAAUGACAUGAUGAUGAUGAUGAAGAUGUGUGUGAGUGUUGUGGUGUUCGGGCUGCUGCACGCGUGUCUCUGUUAUGAAGAUCAGACACGUGACGAUGACAGUAUAAUACACACUCAUGAUGUGAAGGUCCAGGUGUCCGGUCGAGCGCUGGUUCCUGGAGUCAGAACUCAAGACUGGAUCUCAUCUGCCCGAGUUCUGCUGGACGGAGACAAACACGUGGGAUUCAUCAGAGAUGAUGGAAGCUUCAUUGUCAGUGAUGUUCCAUCAGGAUCAUAUGUUCUGGAAGUCUCUUCUCCAACAUACAGAUUCCAGCCCGUCCGUGUGGACAUCACCACCACGGGCAAAAUGAGGGCGCGUGUGGUGAACUACAUCAUGACAGCAGAGGUGAUCAGACUGCCGUACCCUCUUCAGAUGAGAUCCAGCGGACCGCAUUCAUAUUUUAUUCCUCGAGAUACAUGGAGCUGGUCAGAUGUCCUCAUGAACCCGAUGGCUCUCAUGAUGGCUCUUCCUCUUCUAAUAAUAGUUCUUCUUCCUAAAGUCUUCAACUCCACUGACCCAGAGAUGAGACGGGAGAUGGAGCAGUCUAUGAACAUGCUGAACCACAACCACGAGCUGCCGGAUGUUUCUGAGCUCAUGACAAAUUUCUUCUCACCUCCUAAAAGUCACAGGAGGUUAGGAGGCGGAGCCAGAGUCCCAAAGGGUGGAGCUCCGAGGCGGAAGUAAGAUACGACGCUUAUGUCAUCGUUCAAUAAUAAUAUCGUGGAAUAAUCUGCUGCUGACUGUAAUUUACAAUCUGCAUUUCAAUAAUCUUAUAAUACAUGUACUGCUGAUUGUUAUAAAUAAAUGUAUUUAUUGAACAAGUUUAUGACUCUAAAAGUUCAAAUAUUUAUUAUAGAUAUUCUAUAGUUCAUAGAAAGAAAAACAAAUAAAAUGCAGAAAUCUUUCUUGUGUUCUUCAUUGAG